AUGUCCGAGUGCAAGGUGCGUUUGGCAAUUCUGAUCUGGUGCCAGGUUUUAAAUCUUUCAGCAGUACAGAGUGAAGAAUCUGCCAUUGACGAUGGGAACCGUGGAAAUGGAAGAUUGUUCACUGUUCCCAGUAACAGUCCCACCAGUCAUUCACCAGGAGCUGGUUGGGAAACCAAGAGUAAAGGAGCUACUUCAGGUGAACAAGGAACUGCUUCAGGCUUACGAUUUCGCCAGGAAAAGUUGCUUGAAGAACUGAAGGAUUAUAAGUUUGUAUUCCCACAGCUGGUUCCAGGAAGAGGGAAACGGAGUGUGGCCGUACUGCCUCAGAUGAACUAUCCAAAUAACCUCAGCAUCUUGGUGGAGCUGGAAGGAAAUAACUUUACGCUGGAUCUCAACAGCAAUAAAUUCCUCUUACCCCGAGGGUUCCAGGUGUCACACUACGAUUCCAAUGGGAGUCUGGUGACAGAGACAGAUACUGAAAUGUAUCGCUGUUACUACGUGGGAUUUGUAAGAACAUUCCCUGGAUCCCAGGUCUCUGCAAGCACCUGCUCAGGACUCAGUGCUCUAAUUGUGUUCAGUAAUCGAACUUAUGUCAUUGAACCUGUUGUUGGGGACGCAAAUGGUCGCCAUUUGUUAUACAGACCUGAAGAUCUCCGGCCAGUACCAAGUAUCUGUGGAGUCAGAGCUCCAUCCCCUGAGUUAACCUUGACUGAUCAUCUCCAGCGCUCUCAGAGGGUGAAAAGGGAUGUAUUGUCAGAGACAAAGUUUAUCGAGCUGGUGCUGGUGGCAGAUAGAGAAGAGUAUCAGAACCUGGGUAGUGACAGAGAUGCCGUGGUGCAGAGAAUGAUAGACAUUGCCAAUACAGUCGACCUGUAUUAUAGACCGUUUAACAUUCGGGUUGCUCUGAUUGGUGUGGAGGUGUGGACUGCCAACAAGAUCACGAUCGACAGGAGUGCUAAGGAUAACAUGAACAGAUUCCUCAAUUGGAGAAGGAACGAUCUGUUGCCUCGAAUGCACAAUGACAAUGCCCAUCUCAUCACGGGUGUUUCUUUUUCACAUGACCUUACAGGUUUGGCAUCAUUGAGUGGGAUGUGUUCAGUAGAAAAUUCUGGAGGAGUGAACUCAGACGGCAGACCUAGCUUCCUGGCGAUUGCUGCCACCCUGGCCCAUGAGAUGGGCCACAACCUUGGAAUGGUACAUGACUCUCAGUCAAGGGGCUGUCGAUGUCUCGAUUCCUCUGGUGGCUGUAUUAUGGAAGCAUUACAGCGUUUCCCAUUGCCAACGAUGUUCAGCAGCUGCAGCCGUGCUGAUUUAAUGAGGGCUCUCCGCCGUGGUGUUGGAGCCUGUCUCUUCAACGCCCCAGAUCUUUCGCGUCUAGUGGGACCUCCUGAGUGUGGAAACCUGUAUGUGGAUGAAGGCGAGGAAUGCGACUGUGGUUCUGCUGCGGACUGUGACGAUCCCUGUUGUGAUCCCUCAACGUGUACACUCAAACCUGGGGCAAAGUGUUCAUCAUCUGGGUCAUGCUGUAAAGACUGUGAAUUCCUUCCAGCAGGAACAAUGUGCCGAGGGCUGAUGGGAGAAUGUGACCUGCCGGAGUUCUGUACAGGAAAUUUCUCUAAUUGCCCUGAAAAUGUGUAUCUGCAAGAUGGGCACACGUGCAGCAAUGGGAUUCUAUACUGCAGCAAUGGUAUCUGCCAGUCUGCAGAUAAACAGUGCCAGGAGAUCUGGGGUCCCGGUGCAACAUCUGCAGAAAAUAUCUGUUAUUCACUAACAAAUAAAGCAGGAAACAAAUAUGGAAACUGUGGCAAGAAUGAGAACCAUACCUACAUUGGAUGUGCAGAAAAAGAUGUAAAGUGUGGGAAGAUCCAGUGCAAGGGUGGAAACUCUUCCCCAGUCCGAGGAGGGAAUGUAGAUGUUUUGAAUACAAACUUUGCUUUCGGUGGAGUAAUGUACAAAUGCCGAGCAACUUUCUCCACUUUACCUGAUUCGAACAUUCCAGAUCUAAUUCGAGCAGGAACAAGGUGUGACCAUAACAAGGCCUGCUAUGAGAAAAAGUGUCAGGAUGUGUCUGUAUUCAAUGUCAAGACAUGUGACGACGCCUGCCAUGACAAAGGGGUUUGUAACAGUAAGGGGAACUGUCACUGUGAAUUGGGAUGGGCUCCUCCACACUGUGAUGUUGAAGGCAUAGGUGGCAGUAUUGACAGUGGGCCCAUGAUGUAUCCGCUACCAGUGGGGGCAUGUAGAGAUCAGACAGCCAGCAUUUCUCCUAAACUUAAAGAAGUAAAAAUGAAGUUUAUAAGACUCCCUGGCAAGGCCCUGCUGACUCUGAGUUGCGACACCAGAGACAACAAAUGCAAGAGGCAUUCAGACAAGUACUUCAAUACAUUCAACUAUGCCACCAGAGACAACAGAUACAGUGAUUCCAAGAGAAGUUGA